AUGGCUGGUUUCCUCUCAGACCUGGUUCAGUACCAGAAGCUAUUGCUAAUGAUCGUGGUGCUAGGAAUUGGCGGGACCCACGUAGCUGGUUUUCAGAUGUCUGUGAUCAAUUAUGCUUCUCCGCACAUUCAGAAGUUCAUCAACGAAACGUGGCUGGAGCGCUACGGCUCUGCACUGCACCAGAAGACGCUGACCUUACUGUGGUCCCUCGUCGUGUCUGUGUACUGCGUGGGGGGGAUGCUGGGCUGCCUGUGUAGUGGCUACCUGACUGCAAAAUAUGGCAAGAAGAAAUGUCUGCUGAUCAACGAUGCAGUCCUGAUAGUAGCCACACUGCACAUGGGCUUCAGCAGGAGAGCCAGGGCUUUGGAGAUGAUCCUCACCGGGCGCUUCCUCGAGGGCUUCAGUGCUGGAAUAAAUAUGAAUGCCCAUGUUCAGUACGCUGGAGAGAUCUCACCUAAGAAGCUGCGUGGGUUUGUGAACGUGACCUCCUCUGUGUUCCUUGCACUUGGAAAAGCUGUAGCAAGAGUUCUUGGCUUAAGGGAGCUUUUAGGAACUGAAGACACGUGGCACGUGCUGCUGUCCUUCUCUGGAGUGAUGGCAUCAAUCCAACUGCUCUUUCUGCCAUUCUUCCCUGAGUCCCCUCCCUAUCUCUUGCUGCAAAGAGGAGACAAGGCUGCCUGCUUGAAAGCCAUGAAGCAGCUCUGGGGAGAAGGGAAUUACCAGGAAGAAUUUGAUGAUUUGAUGAAGGAAAAGACUACAACAAAAGGCACCAAAAUAAUGAAUGUCCUCGAGGUGCUGAGAGAACCAUCUGUGUAUCCACAGCUGAGCACCAUGCUCCUGCUUUUGCUGAGUCUGCAGCUCUGUGGCUUGAGUGCAAUCACUUUUUACACCUCAGACAUUUUCAAGACAGCCAACCUGCAGGAAAACAUAAUCCCAUAUGUUUCUCUAGGAGUUGCAGUCUCUGAGGUCACCUCUGCCAUCUUCUGCAGCUCCAUCAUUGACCGUUUUGGACGCCGGAUACUUCUGUGGGGUGGUUACUCACUGAUGGCUCUGAUCCUGGUGCUGCUUGAAGCAAGCCUUCUACUGAGUGAUCAGUUCCCCUGGUUGCACUACUGCAGUGUCAUCCUCAUCUUUUUAUUCAUCAUCACCUAUGGAAUAGGACCAUCUGGAGCUGUUGUCUCUGUCAUGAAUGAAAUCUUCACCCUCUCAACGAGGUCCUCUGCUUUUGUCAUUGGUGGAAUCGUCAUCUGGCUGGGCCUCACUUUCACUGGGAUGGUUUUCCCCUUUGCUGUUAUGCUUCUUGGUCCUUUUUGCUUCCUCAUCUUCAUUGCUGUACUGAUAGUUUCAGCGAUUGUCAUCUAUCUGUUCCUCCCAGAAACAAAAGGAAAAUCAACCUCUGAAAUCACAGAAGAGUUCAACAGACGCCAGUUUCAGAAGAAGCAUCCUCAGGCUGUGGAGGAGAAUGCUGCUGAAGAAAAGACUUUCUGCACCAAGCUCUGACAGGCCACCAUAGGCAGCUUCCAGUGCCAACAAGCCCUGUCUCAAAACUUAACUGAAAGCUAAACCUUAGCAUGGACCUUUCUCAAUAAAAAUGUGAUCCCCAAAG